ACUUUGGGCACCCGUACAGAGCAGCAACUCCUUCUGAUAUAUCCCAUGGCUCCGGCGUGCUCACCGGAGCUGUUGCACAGGGCGAGCCGCAUUGCCAGGCUCCUUGACGAAGAGGGUGACGCAGUGCUACCGGUGCACUGCUGGCGCACUCUUCUGCGAGAGCUGGAUGUGCCGGAGGACAGUGAGGCCGCCAACUUCUUGAUGGAUUACGUGGAGCCCUGCAGCCAGGGGCACUUCACCUUCGAGCCCUUGCUGGCAGCCGCCGCCAGGUUCGACGGAGGCGCAGACUACGGGCCAGACUACGGCCCAGAAGACGGUGAUGCGGGCUAUGGCUACGCAGAUGCGGGCUAUGGCCAUGCAGAUGCGGGCUAUGGCCACGCAGGUGAUGUCACCACGGAUCACCAGGCGGCGCCUCGAGUGCCUGCGCUUGAUCUGGGCAAGGCCCAAAGAGCUCAGGAUGGCACUUCCGCCUUUCGAGUAGGAGUUCCACAACAGCCUGGGUGCGACCAGGACCGUCCUGGCGCUGGGCCGAAUUCGGGAGGCAAAGCCAAUGGCUACCCCACCAACGGUGCAGAGUACGCCAUUCCCUCCAGGCUCAAUGAAGCUGAGCUGCGGGAGCACGAGGCUUCGCAGCUGCGGCAGCAUUUGGAGGUGGUGGAUGAAGCCUUCUGGCAAAGGCGCGGGCCGGCCAUUCAGCACCUCUACAGCCAGUGGGACUGCAACCAGCUCACGAACCAAUCCUUCCAGGCUCAAAUGCAGAACGUUUUGGGGCCAAGCGUGGACAUCGGGCACCUGGAGAGCGAGUUCUUGAGACUCAUCAACAAGCAUCUUUCAGCCCGCACGAUGAAGUUUGCCUCAAUGAUGGCUGGUUUGCGGCGCGAUGCACAAAGCACCGCGAGGCGAGGCGGCCUGAUCAGCUAUGCAGGGAGCUGCUAUGAGCCAAGUGAGGCCGGGAGCGAGGCCUCCUCGGCCGCUGGAAAGCCCACGAGCUCGGCCAUGCGAGGCGGCCGCAGGCACUUCCAGAAGCAGGCUGAGAAUCACGUCCUGCCGCCCAAGCUAGGCCAGCUGCCAGAGAACGAUGUGCGGGACUUUCCGGAAGAGGCCUUGCCGACCAGUGCAAAGCCAGAGCUCCAGGGGCGGGACAACAUGGACAUCUUCGGGCGGAAGAUUGCAAAUCCGAUGCCGCGCAGACAUCACGAAGAUCGAUCUGACGCUGGCAGCGUGAUCUCCGGGGCUCACAGCGCCUUCAGCGAGGCGGACUCGCAGCGAGAGGCCUUCUCGUACAGGAACAGGAAUGGCCACGGGAACAUCCUUGCCUGGGAUUCGGCCAGACCCGUGACGCCUCCGAAGAGCCGGCAGGGCCGGCAUGUGGCCGUGGACCCCGACAAGGGCAUGCCCAGGAUGAACAUGUCCUCCGGCAUUUUCUGAGGGAUCGAUUGCAUUCAAAUUAUUUGUCACGGAUGAGUUUCAAUUCCAUCCAAGAAUUCGAGCAAUACAAUGACGGGAAGCUCUGAUGUGG